CUACUCGUUACGAUUGAUUAGAUUAAAGCAGAUCGCUCGCUGCGUGAAUAUUCAUUGUGCCCAUUGCUGCCGGAACGCGUUGUUAUCGUUUACGGCCUCUGUUGCGUUAGGUCACAUAUUCAAGAAAUGUCGGUGUUGUUCUCCGUGCUCACCCUGGGUUGCCUUUUGCUCGUCAAUCAGGUAGCGUCAGAAGACAAAGCGGUCUCUUACUCAGGUUAUCAGGUUUGGACAAUUACGACUAGUUCGGAAGAAGAAAAUCAGAUCGUUUUGAACCUCAGACAAGUUUAUGGACUUGAUGUAUGGCAAUGGCAAGAAUCCACCAAUGCCGCAACUGACGUCCUCGUUCCACCAAACAUCUCCAGUGAAUUGAAAUUCAAGUUAAACGAGGCCAACAUUUCUUACGUCGUUAAGAUCGCAGAUUUACAGUCCGCCAUCAACGAUGAAAACCCGAAUGCCAGCUCCAGUUCACUCGGUACAAAAGCAGCGCACAAUAUGGACUGGACCAGCUAUCACCGUCUAGACGACAUCUAUGGCUACCUGAAUUACCUAGCCGUCACGUACCCAAAUCUUGUCGAGCUGAUCAAUGUCGGCACGUCGUACGAGAAUCGUUCGCUCUACCUUGUUCGCAUCUCGAACGCAACGGCUCCCGAUACUCAACCGGCCGUUUGGAUCGACGGAGGAUUUCACGCUAGAGAAUGGAUUUCGCCAGCACUUGCCACCUACAUCAUCCAGCAGAUCGUCGAAGAACCGGCCAACGCCAAGCUUUUGAACAACAUUGAUUGGUACAUCAUGCCUGUCGUUAAUCCUGAUGGCUACGAAUACUCGCACGUGAGGAGGCGUCUUUGGCGCAAAACUCGGUCGAUGACAACGUCAGCCAGGUGCAUUGGUGUUGACCCAAAUCGUAACUUUGAUUUCAAGUGGGGAGGUGCAGGUUCGAGCAGCAAUCCUUGUUCCGAGGUAUUCAAAGGAUCGAAAGCUUUUUCCGAAGUGGAAACUGUUGCCUACUCGCAGUAUAUUAUGAGCAAAUCUAAACAAAUCAAACUCUACCUGACGCUGCAUAGUUGCGGCCAAAAACUGCUCAUUCCUUGGGGUUACGAUCGAGAAUACCCGUCUAAUUUCAACGACAUGAUGGAGCUUGGCCAAUGCGCUGCUUCCAAAUUCAAACUUUACAAGUACGGCGUUGGCAAUAAAGUGGACCUUCUCUAUCGCGCCGCAGGUAACGCCGCAGAUUGGGCCAAGUCAAUUGGCAUCGAGUACGUGUACACCGUCGAACUUCCUACCACGUCGUUCAUCGUACCGGCCUACAACAUUUUGCCAAUAACUCGAGAUUUCUUUCCUGCCAUCGAUGUCUUUGCUACUAAAAUAGCCACCCUCACAGUUUAAAUGUUCUCCCUUCCUUUUUUAACAUUUGCCCAUCACCUUUUUUGUGAGGUCUUAUUGAUUGACAAUGCGCUCUUCCUUUUGAAUUG